CAAUGCGACAUGUAUGAGGACAUGAAGGCUGAAGUUACCGAGCUGUGUGUGACAGGUUGUGAGAAAUUUCCAACGGAUAAUGAAGCUGCGGCUCGGUUUGUCAAAGAAAACGUGGAUAAAAAAUUUGGUUCGGCGUGGCAUGUACUCAUUGGAGAAGACUUCGGUUUUGAAAUAACCCACGAAGUGAACAAUCUUUUGUACAUGUUUAGUGGCGGAAAUUUGGCCAUCCUCGUGUGGAAAUGCUCUUAA